UACAUGCCAAUUUCAAAAAAGAUUUUCCAGGUCUUUUGUUGAAACAAAAGUUGUGGGCAUGUGCAAGAGCUACAACACUAGAGGAGUUCAAAAGAAAAAUGGCUGAACUAAAGGAGGCCAAUGAAAAGGCUUAUGAUUGGUUGAUGAAGAAAAACCCAAGUGAAUGGAGUAAAAGUCAUUUCAAAUUUAAUGUUAAAUGUGACGUGUUAUUGAAUAACCUUUGUGAAUGUUUUAAUGCUGCAAUAUUAGAAACAAGAGAGAAGCCUAUCAUUACAAUGUUAGAGAAAAUUCGAUUCUGGUUAAUGAGUAGAUUUUGUAUGAAAAGGGAAAGUGUUUCAAAAUGGCCGUAUCUAGUUGGAAAGAGGGUUUGGAAAGUUAUAGAGAAGAACAAGCAAGUGGCCAGGCGUUGUUCUUGCACUAGGGUUGAUGCACACCUAUUCCAGGUACAUUAUCGUGAUUUGGAAAGGUUCUCAGUCAACUUGGUUAGUAGGACAUGUACUUGUAGGGGUUACCAACUAACUGGAAUACCUUGUGGGCAUGCAAUAUCUGCUAUUUGGAGCUCUAACUUGGAAGUAAUGGAUUUUGUGGAUAAUGUGUACAAGAAAGAGGUCUUUACAGCUCAGUAUGCAAGCAUUAUUUAUCCAAUACCAUCACCUGAUAAAUGGCCAAACGCAGGACAAAAUCCAAUUUAUCCACCUGCUGAUACUGUUUUACCCGGGAGACUAAAGAAAGCAAGAAAAAAGGAUGUUGAUGAACUUCCUGCCGCUAAUGCAACCAAGGCUAGAAGAUUCGGACAGUUCAACAGCUGUAGCAAAUGUGGAAAACAAGGUCAUUCUCGUCGUACUUGUAAGAAUCCAACAAGAGAGCAGGCUAAUACUGAAAACCAACAAGUAACUAGUACUAGCAAGAGGCAAGGAAGGCCACCAAAGAAAAAUCCAAGUGCAGAAACUGUGAAAAGAAAUAAGAGGAGAGAAAAACAAAAGGCAAGGAAAACAGCAGAACAAUCUCAAGAAAUACCAAGAACAUCUCAACAAGGAUAGAAAUAGGCAGUGGUAGUGAAACUAUUUUGGCUAGACUUUCUUUUGACAAGUUGACCUUUUGACAUUUACACUUUCUUUUGGCCUUUUGAAAUAGGCAGUAGCAUCUUAGUCUUUUGACAUUUACACUUUGUUUUGGCAUGUUGGCCUUUAGACAUUUAGACUUUUAGUAUGUUGGUUUGUUUGUUUAGACUCAACUCUGUAGGCGUUUUGGCUUUCUCUUUUCAAUGAAAUUUUUAUUUACU